AUGCUCUCAAAAAUCCGCGAUAUGGAUAAAGUCUGCCAUGUUUGUGGCAAAUCUGGUGCACAGAGACAUUUCGGCGGGAUAUGUUGUGCUCCAUGUAAGAUGUUUUUUCGUCGAAAUGUGCAAUACAAGCUGGAGAAUAAUCGAUGUCAAUUCGGUGAUUUGUGUGAUAUAACGAAAAAUACGCGACAUACAUGUCGGAUAUGUCGAUUUAAGAAAUGUUUAGCGAUUGGAAUGGAGAAAGAGUUACUCCGAGCGUCACGCUUCCAGACGAAAACGCAACAAGUACAACAGUCGUUAAAUGUAUCUCAAUCGGAUUUAUUUCAACAUGAUCGGUUGUUAUUGACUUCGAAUCAGUGGAAUGUGUUGUUAAAUGUGAUUCAUGAUUAUGAUCAAACAUCACCGACGACGCAGAUUCGAGAGUUCUUUCACCGACAGUCGACUUAUCCGCCUAAAAUUCGAAUGAAACUCUUCUCGGAAAAGUUUUCUCAUGUUUUUCAAUCGAUCUUUCGUUCAUUGGGAUCAUUUCUCGAACGAUUACCUGAAUUUUGCACGUUAAAACUCCAAGAGAAAGUUGAACUUCUCCGUCGACAUCUCCGGAACAUUGGUCGAUUCAGCGGAAUGUUUCUCCUGCGUAAAACAAAUCUCUACACGAGUCCAUUGCAUUACACUUCAGAUCUUUAUGAAGAAAAUCUUCGUAUCACACAUCAAUACGACGUCGAUGAGACUAUUCUCAAGUUAUUUCUUGUUACUCUCGUCUUUUCCACAUGUACGGACGUUGUUCAAGUAUCGUCGAAUGAAAAUGAUCCCUUAGUGCUCGUGGAAGAUUUGAUAACGAUUCAAAAUGUUUAUGUCGACAUUCUCUUUAAGUAUAUGUUAUAUCGGUAUGGUUUACAUGAUGCUGUGUUACGUUUCGCCAAGAUGACAAAGACUUUUCUUGAUAAAAUGUGUUGCUUUGUUCAAACUGAAGAAUCUUCUAGAUUACAAAACGAAAUCAUUGAGAAUAUUCGAUAUGAAAUUAUCGCAAAUUUCAUUUCAGCGAACAAACCUCUUCAGUUCUGUUAA